CAGAAACAGCAUGGGAAAUCUUUGGGUAGAUAGCACAGUCACAUUUUAUGUCCUGUGCAUUGCAUCCGAGGUUGGUGCCCAGCUCUGCCCCUACCCCUGUCGCUGUCCCCCAACUCUACCCCUAUGUGCCCCAGGAGUUCCUCUUGUUGUGGAUGCCUGCGGUUGCUGCCGGGUUUGUGCCAAGCAGUUGGGAGAAUAUUGCACAGGGCUGGACGUGUGUGAUCCUCAUCAGCAUCUGUUCUGUGAUCAAAGCAUCAGCUCCUCUGGGACCACAGGGAUAUGUACCUCACUUGAAGAUGGAACAUGUGAAUUCAAUGGGGUGAUCUAUAAGGAUGGUGAUGUAUUCCAGCCCAGCUGCAAAUAUCACUGUUGGUGCUCGGACGGAGGAAUUGGUUGCAUCCCACGCUGUAGUGAAGAUGUUCGUCUGCAGGGUCCAGACUGCCUUUACCCAAAACGUGUUGAAAUCCCAGGGGAAUGCUGUCCUCGCUGGAUAUGUGAGAAACAAGACAACGGUAUCUUUGGCAAUGCCUUGGCAGCAUACAGAUCGGAGGUAUUGUAUGGAGGAUAUGUCGCCAAUGUACCUGACAACUGCCCAGAGCAAAGCAGUGAGUGGAGCGCCUGUUCCAGGAGCUGCGGGAUAGGAGUGUCUACCCGAAUUUCUAACAAGAAUGACCGCUGUAUUUUGGAGACACAAAGCCAACUUUGUGUAGUGAGACCAUGCCAACAGGACUAUGCAAAUAAAGCUCACAUGAGAAGGAAGAUUUGCAGGCCAACAACAAGGGCACCUCAUCCCAUUCAGUUUGAAUACAACAACUGCAUAAGUGUUAAAGCUUACAGACCCAGAUACUGUGGCUCAUGCUCUGACAGACGUUGCUGCACUCCACAUAGAACUAGAACGGAGGUGGUGGAGUUCAGGUGUAAUCAUGGAAGGAUUGUAAAACAGCAAAUGAUGUUCAUUAUUUCCUGUGUUUGUCACUACAACUGCUCAUAUGCUUACAACUAAAUUGUAACCCACUAGAAUACUGCAACGCUGACAGCAGAUUAUUUCCAUACAAGAUUUUCCUGUUCAAAAUAAAGUGUUUCUAUACUGAGGAGUUAAACAUUUUGUAAGCAUUUUAAGAGACCUUUACCUAUUGAAAUCCUCCUGUCUAAGAAUAUUCUCUGCACUCCUUUAAUAUUGAGUUUCCAGCACUAAUUAACAUAAUCUCACUAAAAAAAAUGAAGUGAACAUUUUCACUUAUCACAUGUCAGUCACUAAUUGCUUUGCAGAAACAUUAAAAUUCUUUGCCACUGGAGUUUGAGGCUAAAGUGCUUAAUGCUGCUGCAGCGUAUCAAACAUAUAUGAAAACCUUCAUGAAAAUGUUGUAUGUUCAACCGACAACCUCAAUAAGACCUAUUGAGAAUGUUAAGUCCCCACCCUAAUAUUCACUAGUUGAGCUAUGAACUCCCUCUACUGGAUGACACUGGGCUGCACUGAUUGCAAAAUGUCGCAGAUUGCAGGAACACUGCUCAUAUCUUUCAUUUAGCACAAUGCAGGUGUAAGCACUACGAGGCAUCAUAAUGAAAGACACAUCUGCAGCAUAAUUGAAGAUUAGACUAAAUAUCUCAAUUUAAUCGAUCAAUACAGUAGUUUCUUACAUUUUUAAUUAAAAAUGAAUACCACUUGCAUGACUGUAUACUAGAGGUGUAACAGGAAAUGUAUUUUUAUAAAUUUCUGUAUAUAACAGGACACGUCAUCAAAUACUUUUAUAUAUUAAUUA